CUGGGGGCGGAACGACAGAAGCUAAAAGGCUGCAGUCGUGCGGCCCAUGAUCAUUGGACAACUUUGUUACAAAAGCCCUCGGAAGAAUUAACCCUAGAUAAGGUGCAUUGGGUGGUGGGUGGCACGAUUAAUUAGGCCUUUGAAAAACGUUGAGCCACCAUACGCACAAUUGAUCUGAAAGUUUGGAUCCAGCUUGUUUGACGGAUUUUGUCAUGCUACACGCUACACACGGCUGCAGUGACUACCGGGCAUAUGCCAUCCAUAUGUUCUGUUACUAUUUCCGCCAUCUACACCUUUGACUUCAUCGUAUUUUUAUCUAUUCUUCCUUCGUUCUUGGAUCUCUAGGUCUCAACGUUUGAUCCCGCGCUUUCAGUCGCAACCCGUUUUCCACAACCUCGCUCGAUCACAAUAUGUAUUCUAGACGUCCCUUGUAUUAGAUUCGUCACAGACCAACAUCGUCAUUCUCUUGAACCUUUAUAUCUUGCGUUUCAUGUCUAUAGCGGAUGAAUUUUGGAGCAAUCGGAUUUAUUACUUGAUAGGAAUAUUCCAAACAAAUCAGAGAAUCAUAUCAGUUCCUCUUUCGUUAGGUUUGCCAGUAAAGUCGGACAAUAACUGGACAAUCGUGCCUGGUUGAUCAGCAAUAAACACUUAGUUUUUACGAUAAACUGGGUUCAUGUAUAUAACAUCGACCAUAUAGAAGAUCUCUCAUAUCACACAGGGCAAUCUCUCUAAAGAACUCGUUAUUCAUUGCAUGAUACACCAUAUAUAUUUCCAUCAUGGGUUGGGUGGAGAAGACGAAUAUGACCGUGGCGAAGAGCGCCGUUGGAAGACGAUUCAGACUGGAAUUUUCCGGGCAUAGGUACGAGAGAAAAGGCUCUAGAUUUUUGACAGAAGUAAGAGCCGGUCUUGCCACAUUCUUUGCUAUGGCAUACAUCAUCUCAGUAAACUCAUCAAUCGUAUCAGCUACCGGAGGAACAUGUGUAUGCGACUACCCUUCUGGAUCUACGGAUCCCUUCUGCCUAGACAGUUCAACGGAUCCCAGUUACCAGAUAUGUGUUCAGGAGAUCAACCAGGAUUUAGUCACAGGCACGGCAGCGAUAUCUGCAUUGACGAGUUUUUGUAUGGGUGUUUUUGCAAACAUGCCGAUAGCGCUGGCUCCCGGAAUGGGUCUAAAUGCAUAUUUUGCUUAUCAAGUUGUUGGAAUACAUGGGCAAGGACCAGUCUCCUAUAGACUGGCAUUGACAGCUGUAUUCAUCGAAGGAUUACUCUUUGUUGCGCUCUCGAUACUCGGACUCAGACAAUGGCUUGCGCGCGCAAUACCUCGAAGCUUGAAGAUAGCUAGUGGUGCAGGCAUUGGUCUUUAUCUCGCUCUCAUCGGACUUACUUAUAGUGCGGGAAUCGGCGCUAUCACAGGUAGUAAUUCCGAUGUACCUCUUCAAGUAACUGGCUGUAUACCCGAACUCAUUGCUCCAGACGGUACUUGCAUAUCUGGGAAAAUGCGAAGUCCAACAAUGUGGCUUGGCAUUUUCGGUGGGGGAAUGUUCACAGCGUUCCUCAUGAUGUACCGUGUCAAAGGUGCAAUUAUAGCUGGGAUUCUCCUCGUCUCUAUCGUUUCGUGGCCGCGCAAUACUUCCGUUACUUAUUUCCCUCCUACUGUCUCUGGCGAUGCGGCAUUCGAGUUCUUUAAGAAAAUCGUCACCUUUCAUCCUAUUUCCCGAGUUCUAGCAGUACAAGAUUGGAAUAUCACUGGAGCUGGAGCUGGACAAUUCGCAUCCGCACUCAUCACUUUUCUUUACGUCGAUAUCCUUGAUUGUACCGGCACCUUAUAUUCGAUGGCUCGUUUCUGUGGAGCCAUCGACGAAGACACGCAGGAUUUCGAAGGUAGUGCUGUAGCCUAUCUCGUCGACGCCUUUGGCAUAUCUCUUGGUUCUUUCGUGGGUUCGCCUCCUGUUACUGCAUUUAUCGAAUCGGGCGCCGGUAUAUCAGAAGGAGGCGUUACAGGACUCACAGCCGUCACUACCGGGUUUUGCUUCUUCAUCAGUCUGUUCUUCGCGCCAAUAUUCGCUAGUAUACCUCCUUGGGCAACAGGCUGUACGUUAAUACUCGUUGGAGCGAUGAUGGCACGCGCGUGCACGGAGAUCAAUUGGCGGUACCUAGGAGACUCCAUUCCGGCUUUCUUGACGCUCGCAAUUAUGCCGUUUACGUAUUCGAUUGCUUACGGACUCAUUGCUGGAAUCGUUACGUAUACGUUACUUAAUACAUCAGCAUGGGUAUUGGCGAAAAUGUCAGGAGGAAGAAUUAUGCCACACGACUACGAGUUGAAAGAUUACUGGACAUAUAAAGUUCGGGGUGGUUUAUUGCCCGGUUGGGUACGCAGAGCCACACGGGGGAAAAGAGAUUUCUGGCGCGAGUGGGAUUUUGACGCGGAUGUGGGGGAUAAAGUUGAGAGCGUGAGGGGACAUAAGACGAGAGGGAGUGUAGCGAAAAGUCACAAGAGCUCGAAGAGUCAUGAUGCGCAUGGGAGACAAAAGGAAAAUAGGAGGAUGUCUAGUGUAAAUAUGAAUGGGCAUGGAGAGCGCACGUGGGAGAUGCCUGAGAUGGCAUAUCCGAAGAAUGUUGCGGCGGGGAUUGGAGAAGCGAUUGGAGGAGAGGAGAGGAGGGAAAGUAUGAGGACUAUGAGUUCUGUUGGGAGAAGUCUGGGAAGGAGAUCAUGA